GAAACUUGCGUUCAUCCGGUAGAUUCAUUGAUGAUGAAGGUGUACUCAGUCAAGAACUUGCUGCGAAGUUGUCUCCAAGCAUUGUCUGGCUUGCCUCAUUUGUUGGUGAAGAGCCACAUUCAGUAUGCACAGGCAUAGUUGUCCGAAAUGAUGCACUAGGUGCAUCUUUCGUGACAUCUGGAGAUUUGGUUACAUCUAGAGAGUUUGUUACAACUCAAAAUUCAGGUUCUAUCGAUAAAUUAAAGAUAAAAGUGCAUCUACCAAAUGGGAAAAUGGUUAAUGCAUCUGUGCAAGACUACAAUGUAGCUUGCAACAUGAUUGUUGUAACCACUAAGUCCUUCCCUGAUCUCCGCCCAGCAUGUCUUGAUAAACAGAUGCAAGUUGAGCAUUCCACUCUGUUAUUAGCUGCAAGUUUAUGCCCCAUGUCAGACAAAUUUUCGGUCAAAACUGGGGUACUGACUAACAGUCCGAUUGGAGUUGAGAGUCAUGGAAUCAUGUGGUCCACGUGCGAGAUCACUGAGGUUGGAAAAGGUGGACCUCUUGUGGAUUUUGAUGGGAAUAUUGUUGGGAUGAACCUCUGUAUGAGAGCGGGAGCAACCCAGUUCGUGCCAAAACAGUUGAUUGUUGAAUGUAUGUGUGAUCUUGGGUUCUGGAUCUAUGUAAAUAACGUUCCCACACCAUUUGACUUCAGUUCAGAAGGUACUUCAAGUCUAGAUACUAUAAUUAGCUCAAGUCAAAGUGGCUCAAGUAAGGGAAGUGAGAAUGAGAACCAGGAACCUUGUGCAUUUGCUAACCAUGGGGCUAAUGGCAUAUGGUGUGACCUCAAUGAAGAACUUGCUUCAAAGCUGUCUCCGAGUAUUAUCGCCCUUGCUUCAUUUGAUGAAGAGGGAUUGCAUUCUGAAUGCACAGGCAUGGUUAUCGACAGAAAAUUGUCUUCAGCCUCUUUUCUGACGACUGGAGGUUUGUUCGAACCAUUGCAUCAAGAUCUCUGGCAUGGUUUGACGAUCAAAGUACGCCUUCCAAAUAACGAAGUGAUCCAUGGGCGGUUGCAGUAUUAUUCAGCUCCUUCCAGUUUGGCUGUUAUCACCACCGAUUCCUUGCCGCCUUCCCUUGAUCUUCGUGUAGCUUGUCUUGGCAACGACAUGCAAGUUGAGCCGUCUGCUGAGUUAUCAGCUGUAAGUCGGUGCUUUGACUCAGGAAAAUUAAUGUCCACAAGAGCAAUCAUCGAGGCUGUUAGUGGAGGACCACUUGUUGAUUGUGAUGGAAAUAUUGUUGGCAUCAACUACUGUGAGUGGGAAGACAAUCUAUUCCUACCAAGUAAUCGUAUUUUUGAAUGCUUGGGGAGUGAUGUAAACUGGGCUGCAAGUAAACAAGAUUGCUGCCGUACAAAUAAGAUGCACAAAUCUUCCACGCCUCAUAGCGACGGUCCAGAAGAACUCACUGAUGAUGAACUUAGGCGUAUACUUCCUCCCUGGCGACCUGAUGGAUUUACAGAACGAGUAAAUGCCAUCUUAGAUGCUUUUGGUUACCCCUUACCAAGUUUUGCUGAUGUUGGCAUGCACUUGAAAUGGGAUUUUGAAGAGGGAUUUGGCGCAGAUGUUCGGAGUGAACCCAUUAGGAGAGUUACUUCAAAGAUGUCUCGAAGUGUUGUGGCACUUGCCUCGUUCCUUCGUGUACCAACAAAUGACGGUUCUGGGAACUACAAAAAGGGUGCAAGAAAGUUUGCUUGCACAGGUGUAUUUAUUGAAUGCGAUGAAUCCACUACAAGAAUUCUAACCUCAGCAAGUUUGGUUAGAAGUUCUGGUGACGGAACCAUUCAACGUGAAUGGAAGAUUGAAGUGUGCCUUCCAAAUAAACAACGUGAGGAAGGGACAUUGCAAUAUUAUAAUUUACAGUAUAACGUCGCUGUUGUUAGCAUCAAGAGGAGUGCCUACAGUUAUAGUACAGCAAAACUCGAUGAAACGUCUCAAACUGAGGUUGGAGCUCAGGUAGUAGCUCUAGGUCGUGGCUUUGAAUCAGGCAAGUUUAUGGCCACACACGGGGCUGUGACAGGCAAACGUAGAAGAUUUGGUGACGCAACACUUCAGAUAUCCACUUGUAAAACCACCAAGGUUGGGAUUGGAGGGCCCCUUGUUGAUUUUGAUGGGAACUUUGUGGGCAUGAACUUUUAUGACACGGAACAAACUCCUUACCUAUCAAGGGUUAGAAUCCUUGAACUCAUGGCAGGUUUUAAUGCAGAAUGGUAA